CGGAGGAGUUCAGAAGUAGAGCAGCUCCAGUGUGAUUGGAGGAAGUGAUACAUCAACAGAGAAAGAUGGCCGAAGUGAUAGAGCUGCAGAAACUGAAGCUUGCUGAACUGAGGCAGGAGUGCGAGGCCCGAGGUCUGGAAACCAAGGGAAACAAAGGAGAACUCAUUGCCCGACUGCAAGCCUACCUGGAGGAGCACGAGGAAGAUGUGGAUGUCGAUGAUGUGCUGGCGGAGGACACAGAGGACUUCUCAAAAGUUGAGACUGCCAACAAUGUAAAAGACGCAAAGGAUUCAGAGCCUGUUGAGUGCGAGCCACCUGCAGAGAAGAAGGUGGUGAAAAUAACUCCUCCAGCAUCUUCCAGUGAAAGACUACAGAAGAGAGCCGAACGUUUCAACUUGCCUGCGUCAGCUGAAAGCAAAAAGGCUAUACGUGCAGCAAGGUUUGGUGAAUCCACUGGGAACACCAGUCCCACUCCAGGUGUCGUUGCAAACAGUAAAGCUCCUGUGAACGUCGAACAGCUGAAGAAGAGAGCAGAAAGAUUCGGCAUGAACGUUUCGUCCCUUUCACAAAAGAUUGAAGAAGAUGAAAAGCUGAAAAAGAGGAAGGAGAGGUUUGGGAUCUCAACAGGUGCAGCUUCAGUUGGUUCAGCCGACGUUGAGGCAAAGAAAAUGAAGCGUGCAGAAAGAUUUGGAAAAAUGUGAUUAACGUUUUAGAGCCUGUGUUUUUUUGUAAAGCAUUUUCAUUACUGCACAACAGAGAUCCCUGAAGACGACUUAUGUCACUAAUAGGAUUCCUGUGAAUCAAAAGUGUGAUUAAAUACAAAGAUAAAUGGGUGAGUUGGAUCAUUUAAAUGGUUUAGGAAAUGAACAACAAGGAUAAAGCUCAGUUAUUCUCUGAGCCUCAGGUCAGAGAAUUAGGAAAAACAUUUGAUUUAAACCUUGUCAUUAUUUACUGGAGCACCUUUUUCUCAGCGAAGCUCAUUAGUUCUUUUAUUUGCCUUAUUUUUAUAUCAGAAUUAGAGGGAUGUUUAUAAAAUACACAGACAGUAUUAGCUCCUGAGUAACAUCCCAAAUUCACUGUUAAUGCUUCAAUGCUUUCUUAAAGCUGCAGUGAAGUCCAUUUAUAGUCUUUAUUUAGCAGCGAGUGAAACAGCUCCUGCAGUAAAAGCCCUCAGGUUGUUUAGGGGGAAUCAUUUGUUCUCAGUCAGAUGAUUAAACGGCUAGAAAUGUCUUUUUCAUUAUCAAACAUGCAACAAGGAAAACUGGAACUUUUGGCCGUGGAAACAGAAAAUGUGUAAUAAAUUUUUGAGAUUGUUCAAAGACCCGGAAAUUAAAAAAAAAAAAAAAGAAAAGAAGUAAAGUCAAAUAGCAAAAACAUUAAGUUAAUGAUAAGUGAAAGAUUAUUUCUGUUUAUUAGAAGUGCUGCAAUUAACCAAACCAUUUUCUGACAGUCCAUUUAAAUGAUUGAACUCACUUGUUUGGUUGUUUUUUAAUUACUCUGUGUGUAUUUAAUUAUACUUUUGAUUUGUCAAAUAGCCUAUUAUUUUCGUGUUUUCUCUUUGGGAUUCCAUGGGUACACUGCUUCAGUUAUCUGUCCAUUUUAUAACAUUUUGUGAUUUAAAAUAAAUUGUUUCCAACUUUUUGA